GGGCCGGGGGCGGCGGAGGUGCUGGCGGGGCUGGUCCCGGGCGGGGAAGGAGGAGCGGCGGCUCCCGGGAAAACCGGCUCGCCCGCCCGCCCUCCGCACCUCCGCCGGCCAUGGUGCUGGGCGCCCUGAAGGCCGCGACGCUGCGCUGCGGGCGGCGGGCCUGGCUAGCUCUGUUGGCGGGCGCCUACCGAACCUGGCCGGUCUGCCUGACGCCGCCCUUCCGUUACAGGCUCCUGCUGGGGACGCUGUACCCGGCCUACGCCUCGUACAAGGCCGUGAGGAACAAGGACGUCCGGGAGUACGUGCGGUGGAUGAUGUACUGGAUCGUCUUCGCGCUCUUCAUGGCCACGGAGACCGUCACGGACACCUUCUUUUCCUGGUUUCCCUUCUACUAUGAGAUCAAAAUGGCCUUUGUGGUAUGGCUCCUGUCUCCUUACACAAAGGGGGCCAGCCUAUUGUAUCGCAAGUUUGUGCAUCCUACACUGUCCAGCAAAGAAAAGGAGAUUGACCACUUCAUCUGCCAAGCCAAAGAGCGUGGCUAUGAGAGUCUUGUGAACUUUGGGAAGAAGAGCAUCAAUGUGGCAGCCACAGCAGCUAUCCAGGGCCAGGGUGCCCUGGCAGGUCGUUUACGCAGCUUCAGUAUGCAGGAUUUGCGUUCCAUCCCAGAGACAGCCAUGGUGCAUUAUUCAGAUCCCCUCUAUCUGGAGGAACAGGGGCUAUGCCGGCAACCGAUUGGGCGCAGGCCAGGAGCGCAGCAGCCGGGCUCCGAUAGCGAGGAGGAGGAGGAGGACUGCUGGACAGACUCUGAAGUCUCUGCCCCCUCCAGAGGCCGCUGCAGGGACCCCGCCCUCCCGAAGCCGUUGGCCAGAAGCCAAAGCUUCCGGCAGGCGAAGAAGCGGCCGCCACCUAAAGAGAUUUCUUCUCGGGGCCUCCGAACUCGUUCCCGGAAGCAGAGGCCGGACCAAGAGCCCUAGGCUCCUCCGGAGGCGCGGCGGGCAAGGCCUCCGGCCGGGUCAGCACCCCAUCAGCUCUUCGGAGUCUCCCCAGAGCCAGAGCAGCCCUGCCUGCGGAGUGCGGGCCGAGGAGGAGCCGGUGCACCGCUGCGGGCUGCCGACGAGCCUCUCCUGACCCGGCGCUGCCGCCGCGUUUGCGCGCCGUCCUCGCCCGGGGCCACGAAGCGAAGCUUCCUCCGGGGCCGCCACCCCUUUUAACGUCUUCCAAUAAACGCCUUUUCUCCGCC